AUGGGACACCCCUUUUGUUUAAAGUUGUUUUCUAUUUAGAUGGUAAAAUACUAUGAAACGUAGUGUAAAUGUAGAGUUGGUUGAUGUUAAACCCUAUGUAUCUAAGCGCUCCAAAGAAUCAUUAAAGACUUCAGAAAGUAAAGAUGAAAAAGAGAUAUACCUACCAGUUACACAUUUCAGUGGUAGUGUGAGGAUAAAAAAUUUACUUCCAGAGAAAUACUUCACAACGAAGAAAGUAUAUGAAAAACCAAUUACUUCAUUAAAAUGGAAUUAUAAAAGCGUCAAUAUUGUUUUAUCUUCUGCCUUAGAUAAAUUUAUUGUACUUUUAGACAAAUCAGAUUCCCAGGUGUUAGAAAAAGCUAGAUUUGCUAUACACGAUGAAGGUAUAAAAGAUGCAAUAUGGACUCAUGGAAUGGAAAACAUAAUUACUGCUAGUUUUGACAAAACAGCCAAGCUUAUAGAUGCUGAAUCAGGGAGUGUUUUAAAAACUUAUACGCACAAAGAUGUAGUAACGAAAGUCAUGAUGCAUCCUACACAGAGUAAUGUGUUUUUAACAGGAACUUCAAAGAUCGGUGUAUUUGCUUGGGAUGCAAGACAAAAAGAGAGCAUUAAGCACUUUAAAGCAACGUUUGGACAAAUCCAGGAUAUGACUUUCAUAUCUGAUAACACAACUCUAAUAACCAGCUCUGAAGUUUUAAAACAAAAUACAUUUGAUAAAGCCAUUAUGGCUUGGGAUUUUGCUAGUACUGCUCUUAUGCCAGUUCAAAUUUAUCAGGAACCUUUUUCAUGUUCUUAUCUCAAACAUCAUCCAAGUGGUGAACAUUUUCUUGCUCAAUCUGCUGCUAAUUAUAUUGUCAUUUUUGAUACCCAAUUUCCAUACAAAAUGAAUAAGUGCAAAAGAUAUGGUGACCACAAAUGCUCCGGCUAUCGCGUAGGGUUUGACAUCAGUCGCGAUGGUAGAAUCAUUUAUUCUGGUGACACAGACGGUUUUCUUUUUUGUUAUGACAACUACACAUCAAAACUAUUGAAAAAAAUAAAAUGCUUUAACUCUCCAUGUGUUGAAGUUGCGUCUCAUCCAGUUCUUCCUUCUACAUUAGUUGUUGGGGCAUGGGAUGGCUCCAUUUCUAUUCUUCAAUGAUGCGCGUGACGCUAUGAUUUUUUUUUACAAAAAGUGUUAUUUAUGGCCUUGAAUUUUGUUUCAGUUACUUUGAGUCUCUUACAUAUGUAGUUUAGACUCUAGGGUAGCCAGAUUUUACCGAUUUAUAUUAGGAUUGAAAAUCUGCAAGCAAACAAUAUAUUUACUUUUUCAAUUCAUUUGUUUUGCGUUAAUUUUUUUUUACAUUGGAAUUUCUCAUUUUCUAUUGUUUUCGAUUUAAACAAAUGGGAAUAAAAAAAGUAAUAAUGUC